AUGUCGAGCCUUUUAUCCUUGCUAUCACAAUACAACAUCCUAACUAAGACUGCCGAAUAUCUCAGCACUCUUGACCUCCUUCAUCUUGGAUUAGCGAACUCCAGUUUCCAUGCCAUUAUUCUUCACUCUACGCCCAUUUUCAACCGUCUAAAACUCACAGCCCUAUGUGACGGAACCGGUCUCACAGCGCGUCAAAACUUUCAAGGCAUCUACUAUGCCUUGCGCCCCCAGGACUUUGUGAUGGGGAAGGGCAGGAAAGCGCAUUAUGACGAAGAGCUUGAAGUACGCGUUUGGAACAUCAAGUGCGAUGCCGCAAAUGCGCUUCCUUGCUUGAGUUGUGGAAUUAAUGUUUGUGAGGAAUGUCGAUAUGUUCCCCGCGUUCGAGACGCCCCCCUGUAUCGCUCCAGCUAUCGGAGACCUCAAAAUGACCCUGCAAUGAUGAGCCGCAAUGUAAUUUGUUAUUGCCCAGCAUGCGAUGGGGGUGUCGAGGCUGGUCUUCCAUUAUCGCUCUCGAAAUACUGUGACUGUGAUCAGUAUACGCGGUGGAUAUGUCUAGUUUGCAAAGUCAAAGAGGCCAAAAUUAAUUGGCUCUAUUAUGAAAAUCUUACGAAGGGGAAUUGGGCAUGGGACCAAGAUCUGGAAGACGGUAUGUGUCUUGAUGACCACGUUGAUCGGCGAGCUUUCUGGUGUCCUUGUGGGAAAAGACCACCAAGAAAUGGUAAUGUGCGAUGUGCAUGGUGCAGGAAAAGACACGAUCUGGAUACUUGGAAAGACGAGGACCCAUAUUAUAUUCCCGCUUUCGACGAGGAGUUGGACUUUUCUGCCGGAUGA